AUGAACAAAGUGGCGGAGCAGCGGCGUAAGCGCAUUCAAGAGCUGGAAGAUAGCGUCAACCAACUGCAAGAGACGGUCAACGAGCAGUCCCACACGAUCAGGCUCAAGGAGGAUGCAGAACGCAGUGCCAAGAAGCUCCAGCAGGAGAUCUCGAACAUGAAGCAGGCGCGGGUGCAGCUCAUGAAGCGUAUGAAGGAGGAGUCUGAACGCCACCGGAGGCAACAGACUGAGCGCACCCGCGAGAUUCGAGCCCUGCGAAUUCACGAGCAGCAGUCGGCACACAGGGCACGCAUGGAGCGCCAAAACACGCUGCGCAUCAAUGUGUUGCAACGGCGUGUGGAGGAGGCCCUGGCGGCCAAGAAUCGCUUCGAGGUCGCUCAACGUCGCCGCCUGCAAAGUCGUGCUAAUGGCGACGGCUUUGACAGCCUGUCAUCACGUGUCAAGCCAAGGACUUUUCCCCUCUCGUUUGGUCUCCUCUUUAACCUUCGCGUGCAUAUUUUUGAGAAUUUUCCUGCGAGCAGAGGAGAUUGCUGA